CAAGCUUUCAAAGACGUUUCAAUUUUGUCCCGGCUUAUACAUACGUCUUCGUGCGUAUGCCUUAAUAGUAGUGCACACAUCUCACUUUAUUCUAAAGUGCAUAUAAUAUAUAGCAAUAUAUUUAACAUUGGAUAAACUCUUCACAAUGUCUUCGGAGCACGAAGAAAUGUUGAAGGAUAUCACUAUUGUGGUGCGCUCGUUAAUAACUUCAAUUAAGCCGCCGGUCAGCUUGCAAACGAUAGAGAGGGACUACAUGAAAGUGGAACAUGGACCAAUCCCUUAUCGCAGUCUUGGCUAUCGAAAUACCAUCGAAUUAUUGGAGAAGACAAAUGCAUUCAUUUUCCAAAAAAUUGGAACUCAAAUCUUUGUCUCCGCCAAGCCUAACCCCAAAUCGGCGCACAUUGCUUCUAUGGUGCGUUGUCAAAAGCCGAGCAAGACUAAAGGCCUUCUACGAACACCCGCAGCUUUUGUGCGUCCAAACUUACGAUCAACAAUCGUUCACAAUAGCAAUGUCAAACCACCUCUGAUCUGCAGUGUUCAGUCCAAUAAUCUACAGAAGCAACAGAGCUCGCAACAACGAGCACCGCAUCAACAGCAGCAGCAACAAUUACGACAACAGCAACAACUACAACAGCAACAACCACAGCACAGCAGGAUCUGUUGGGCCUGCGAAGAACAGCUGAAUCACGAGCGCGAAAUCCAGCGACGCCAGGCGGAGUUGCGCGAGGAGCAGCAACUGCAAAAACUGCUAUUGCAACAGCAGCAGGCAAGGAUAGACAGGCAGAUUCAACAGCUGCAGGAACAGCACGAACGCGGUCUUAAGGCGCAGGCACGUACCAUUGAGAAGCUGCAGGAGGAUCGCCUGGAGCUGAAGCGUCAAUUGAAAAAUCAGGAGUUGAAUCAUCGGCUGCAACGUGAACUGAUAGCAAGACAAGAGGAGCACAAAAGAAGCAAACAAGUCUGCUGA